UCCGGCCCUCCCGGGGGCUGAUGGGGGGGGAAGGGUCAACAAAUCCCCACUCGCUGUGCUGCUCGCACGGAAUGCCCCAACUCCCUUCUCCUCCCCCCCCGACGGGAGGGGUCACGGGGCGGGAUCCUUCUCGGCACUCUUGGGGGACAGUCCAUGGCCAGGAAACAACACCACAGCCCCAGCCCAGCUCAUCCGUAGGUGUCACCACGUCGACACGUGAGGAGCCUUCACCCAGCUCAGGGGCAGCUGAAACACAGACGUUGCCACAGAACACAACUGCCAGCAAAGAGGCAGCAGCCUCUCCAUCUCCACCGCACACCACUGCAACACCACCUUCACCUGCGGCCCCAAGCACUUCAGCAUCUGAACCUCCCUCCAGCCCUGCAGGGUCACCAUCUCUGCCCGUGACACCGGGCUCAGCUCUGCCGACCACAGCCCCAUCCAACGGCCCCACCACAUCAGCCCCAUCCAAGCUGACCUCAGUGCCCAACCACACGUGGUCCCCAGGCACAGCGCUGACCCCGUCCUCUCCUGGGCAGCCCACCCCCCCUCCCAGCUCUGCUGUGCCCACCGCCAGCCCCGCUCCUGGCACUUCCUCGGCUCUCAGCUCCAGCACUGCGCAGCUGCUUGGGACUGGCAGCCUGGCACAGCCCUCCUCCAAAUCCAACCCCGGAGUGGUGGUGAUUGUCUGCCUCUUUGUGGCUGUGCUGGUCGGGGCCGUGGCCAUGCUGCUGGUGCGGCUGUGCCGCUGCAGGAAGCCCCACUUCCAGAGGCUGGACGAGGUGCCCAUGGGCAAAGUGUCAGAGGAAUCCUCCUUUGCCCGUCACCCCCCCCAGGUGACCCCGCUGUGCCGAAUAAAGAUGCUGCAGCCCCGGCUUUGGUUUCCCAUCUGAGCUGCACCCCCGUGGGUGUCAAAUCCUCGGGGAGGGGGUCGGG